AAUUUUUAACAGAAAUUAAAAAAAAAAAAAGGAAAACAAAUCUGAAAAUAGAAAAUAAUAACUAUCUCAACUCUCCAAUAAUAAUUAAGCCCAUAGACUUUGAUUUUUCUGGUUUCAAUUUUCUCCACUUUAAGCCAAAUUAAGCACAUAGAAAGCCUAUUUAUAUUGUCGUCAUACAAUCCAAUAAACGUCGCUCAUUCCUCAAUGGCCAAAACAACUCCUCCGUUGGCCUUUCUUAUUUUUCUUCUCUUCGACCUUUCUUGUUUCUCUUCUUUAACAUGCGCUGCCACAGAUGAUUCAGUCUAUGAAUCUUUCCUCCAGUGCCUGGAAAACAACACAAAUCCACAAGACCAAAUCUCAACCCUCGUCUAUUCCCAGACUAAUGCGUCAUACACUUCAGUUCUUCGAGCCUACAUUCGAAAUGCUCGCAUGAAUACCUCCACAACCCCUAAACCAGUGAUCAUUCUAACCCCAAAACAGAUUUCCCAUGUCCAGGCUGCUGUUAUCUGCACCAAGAAGGUUGGUUACCAACUCAAAAUCCGCAGCGGCGGCCAUGAUUAUGAAGGGAUUUCUUACAUCUCUGACGUUCCCUUUUUCGUUCUUGAUAUGUUCAAUCUUCGAUCUAUUGACAUAGAUGUUAAAAAUGAGUCCGCUUGGGUUCAUAGUGGUGCUACUCUUGGUGAAGUUUAUUACAGAAUCUGGGAGAAAAGCAAAGCUCAUGGAUUCCCUGCUGGGAUUUGUCCUACCGUUGGUGUUGGCGGGCAUUUUAGUGGGGGUGGUUAUGGGAAUAUGUUGAGGAAGUAUGGUUUGGCGGUGGAUAACGUGCUUGAUGCUCAAAUAGUUGAUGUUAAUGGCAAGCUUUUGGAUAGAAAAGCAAUGGGUGAGGAUCUCUUUUGGGCUAUUCGAGGAGGUGGAGGUGGAAGUUUUGGUGUUAUAAUCUCUUACAAGAUCAGUCUUGUUCCUGUUCCUGAGACUGUUACCGUUUUCAGAGUUGAAAGAACUCUUGAUGAGAAUGCCACUGAUAUUGUUUUUAAGUGGCAAUUUGUUGCUCCCAAAACAGAUAAUGGUCUCUUCAUGAGAAUGCUAUUGCAGCCUGUAACGUCCAAGAAAAACAAAACUGAGAAGACCAUUAGAGCAUCGAUUGUGGCUUUAUAUUUGGGAAACGCUGAUACCCUUGUGUCUUUACUGGGGAAGGAAUUCCCUGAAUUGGGUUUGAAGAAGGAGAAUUGCAAUGAGACGAGUUGGAUUCAGUCUGUUAUCUGGUGGGCAAAUUACGAUAUUGGAACAUCCCCUGAGGUUCUGCUUGAUAGAGAUCUUGACUCUGCCAAUUUCCUGAAGAGAAAAUCAGAUUAUGUGCAGACUCCAAUAUCUAAAGACAAGUUGAAUUUGAUUUGGCAAAGGAUGAUUGAAUUGGGGAAAACUGGAUUGGUUUUCAAUCCUUACGGUGGAAGAAUGAGCGAAAUUCCAGCGACAGAUGCUCCCUUUCCACAUAGGGCUGGGAACUUGUUCAAGGUCCAAUAUUCAGUGAAUUGGGAAGAUGCAGGAAGCACAGCAGAGAUCGAGUACUUGACACAGGCAAGGAAGCUCUACAGCUAUAUGACCCCAUUUGUAUCCAAGAAUCCAAGAAGCGCAUUUUUGAACUACAGGGAUCUUGACAUUGGUGUGAUGGAAGCUGGUAAAAAUAGCUAUGAAGAGGGUAGUGUUUAUGGGUACAAGUACUUUAACGGAAACUUUGAUAGACUGGUGAAAGUGAAGACUGCAGUUGAUCCAGAGAAUUUCUUCAGGAAUGAGCAGAGUAUCCCUACGCUUCCAACCAAGGCAUAGAAGAUUUUAGUGGUGAUUCAAGUACACAGAACGCAUGAUUAUGAUAAAUUAUAAUUACUUUUAAAAAAAAAAUAGUAUGAUAGCCUAUUGAAAUGAAACUUGAUUAGUUUUUUUCAUAUUGUUGGUUAAUCUAGCAUAAUAUUAAAGUUUUUAUUUGUGUUGUUAAUUUUUAAAUUGCGAUAAAUAUAUGGUAAGAUAUAUUUAAUGAAGGUUUUGUUUGGCUGGGUAAA